UCGAAACUGGUGAACUGCAACAUUGACCGGGUUCGCAAAAUUCAUAUGUAGUUUCGAAAGAUUGUUUUGUUUGUCUUUUCGUUUACGUUUAGUCUUGACGGUUGUAAGGAAGACUUCGCAGACUAUUUGAAAAUUAAAUGUAAAGGCUCAACGGUUGCCGAAAGGUCACAGUGGGCCUUAGUCUGGGCUACUUAAACGGUUCUAAUGUAUUGAGUCAACGAUUUUUUACGAACGUUGACUGUCCUGUCGAAAAUUAUUCUCAUAUAUCUUCAUUUUGUGAGUUGUUCUCUCAGGUUUUAGAAUAUGGAACAAGAUACAGAGUAUGUUAAGCUGCCGUUAGAGGAACGAUGUGUGCAUAAGUUAUGGAGAGCACGUUUGCAUGGUUAUAAAGAAUGCGUAAAUACAUUUCAAUGUAUUGACGAUGAAAAAUCGCCUGAGUGGAACAAGUUCCUAGGAUUUAUAAAAAAGUUUGUAGUAGAUAGUAAUGCUGCGGCGCAAGAAAAAGGACUGGAAGCAGCAUUAGCUUUUAUAGAGAAUGCUGCAGUUGCAGGAAAGACUGUUGGUGAAGUUAUGAAUGGAAUAGUUACUAAAUGUAUUGCAGCGCCAAAAGCUAAAACAAAAGAGUUGGCAGUACAAAUAACAUUAAUGUACAUAGAAAUUGAGAAGCAUGAAGCUGUUCAGGAAGAAUUACUAAAAGGGACUGAAGCGAAAAAUCCAAAAAUUGUUGCUGCAUGUAUUAAUACUUUAACAUUGGCUUUAAGACAAUUUGGUGCAAAAGUAAUUAACAUAAAGCCUCUGAUCAAAAAAAUUCCUGGUUUUCUAGAAGACAGAGAUAAAAUGGUUAGAGAUGAAGGCAAAUUCAUGGUCAUUGAGAUUUAUAGGUGGGUAGGUGUUCCAUUGAAACAACAGUUAAAUACAUUAAAACCAGUACAAAUUACCGAGUUAGAAGCAGAGUUUAAUAAUCUUAAAGAGGAAAGAGUUGUACCAAUCCGUUUUCUGAAAUCUCAGAAACCAAAGCAAAUAUGUGCAGCAAGUUCAACAGUUGAUGUCAUUGAAGAUGGUAAAGAUGAUGGCGAUGGAGUUUCUGUACCAGAAAUCGAUCCGUAUGAAUUACUAGAGCCGGUUGAUAUUCUUUCUAAACUUCCCAAAGAUUUUUAUGAUAAACUUGAAGCUAAAAAAUGGCAAGAGAGAAAAGAAGCUUUAGAAGUUUUAGAGACUCUUGUAAAAAAUCCAAAGUUAGAGAAUGGUGAUUAUGGAGACGUAGUAAGGGCUCUGAAAAAGGUUAUAUCUAAAGACACUAAUGUAUUAGUUGUUGCAUUAGCUGGAAAGUGUCUAGCCGGGCUAGCUAUAGGUCUUAAAAAGCGAUUCCAACCUUAUGCAACAGCUUGUCUUUCGUCGAUUUUGGAAAAGUUUCGUGAGAAGAAGCAAAAUGUUGUGCAAGCACUCAGAGAUGCUGCUGAUGCUAUCUUUCUUAGCAUUACUAUCGAUGUUUUACUGGAAGACACACUUGCAGCAUUGGAAAAUAAAAAUCCCGCAGUUAAAACAGAAACAGCUGCUUAUUUAUCGAGGUGCUUUGCUCGUACACCACCGCAAAGCUUAAAUAAGAAGUUAUUGAAAGCAUAUACUGGUGCACUUCUAAAAACAUUAAAUGAAUCAGAUCCAUCAGUUCGAGAUGCUUCUGCAGAGGCUCUUGGCACUGCGAUGAAACUAAUUGGCGAGAAAGCUAUGACACCAUUUAUUACAGACAUUGAUAAUUUGAAAAUGUCAAAGAUAAAAGAAUGCGCAGACAAAGCUGUAAUACAUAUUAAAGUUCAGAGUGCACCGAAAAUGGGUGUAGAAAGACCAAAUACAGCACCCAGCAAAAUUGAAUCAGCAGCAAAAACUAAAGAACCAGAUUCCAAACCUCAAAAAAGACCAAAUACUGGUACAACCAAAAAACCUCUGGCUAAAAAACCAUCUGGUUCGUCUAUGACAAACUUAGCUGCUUCGAAGAAGUCGUCUACAGUAAAAGCACAAACAGAGAAAAAUUAUAGCGCUGAAGAAAUAGAUGAAAUGGCUACUCAGUAUUUACCAGCAGACAUUCUUUCGGGUCUUGUUGACACUAAUUGGAAGACCCGAUUAUCUGCAGUUGAACAACUUUUAGAGUUCGUAAAACAAAUGAACUCGUCAGAAGUACCCACACAAGUUAUUGUACGAACUUUAGCAAAAAAGCCAGGUUUUAAAGACACAAAUUUCCAAGUAUUGAAAUUGCGAUUGGAAAUUGUGAAGUAUUUGGCAGAAAAUUUUCCAUUUUCAAAUACUGUUUGCGAAUAUUGUCUCAUGGACAUAACAGAGAAAUUGGGAGACGCAAAAAAUAGUACGAUCGCAGGCGAGACUCUUCUAGCAAUAGCAGAAGCAACAAGUUUCGAAUAUGUUGCGGAUGAAAUAGUAGCAUUCGCUUUCAAUCAGAAGAAUCCGAAAGUCCAACAAGAGACAUUAUCAUUAAUAUGUAGGGGUCUUACAGAAUUUGGUUGUGUUAUCAGUGUUAAAUCAUUAAUGGACAACAUCAAAAAAGCAGUUGCAGCAACAAAUCCUGGCGUUCGUACUUCAGCUAUUACAUUGUUAGGUACAUUAUACAUGUUCAUGGGUAAACCACUACUUAUGUUUUUUGAGAACGAAAAACCUGCUCUACGUCAACAAAUUGAACAAGAAUGUGAAAAGCACAACGGCAAAGCUCCUCCAAUACCAAUUCGCGGAGUGAAAAGCAAAAAAUCCAAAACAAGUGACGACGAUGACGAAGAAACGGAAGUGUGUAAGAAAUCUAAUAGUAAUAGCGAACUUGACAUUAAUAAUCUCAUUCCACGAGUUGACGUUAGUAAUCAAAUCACAGAGAGCCUGCUAAAUGAAUUAUCCGACAAAAAUUGGAAAGUACGAAACGAAGGUUUGCAGAAAGUGAGUACCAUCAUUUCAGAAGCGAAAUUCAUUAAAGGCUCUAUUGGUGAUUUGCCUCAAGGAUUAGCUUUGCGUUUGGUUGACAGUAACAGUAAAAUAGCCCAGUCAACCUUAGGCAUAUGUCAGUCAUUGGCCGUGGCCAUGGGUCCACCAGCGAAGCAACAUAUUCGAGUUCUAUUUCCUGGUUUUAUACAAUGUUUGGGCGACAGUAAAAACUGGAUCAGAACAGCAGCAAUAUCAUGCAUAGACACAUGGGGGGAUCAGUGUGGUUACAAGGAAUUCUUCGAUGGAGAAAUGAUAGGUGAUGCAUUAAAGUCUGGGUCACCGGUACUCAGGGCCGAGCUAUGGAAUUGGUUAGCACAAAAAUUGCCGUUGAUUCCUGUCAAGCAGGUACCGAAAGAAGAACUUCUCGUAUGUCUUCCAUACUUGUAUAAUAAUUUAGAGGAUCGUAAUUCCGACGUCCGGAAGAACGCACAAGAAGCAGUCUUGGGUUACAUGAUUCACCUUUCCUACGAAGUGAUGGCUAGAAAUACAGAAAAACUGAAGCCUGGAUCUAGGACGGUAGUGCUUGCUGCGCUAGAUAAGUCUCGACCAAAUUUACCUAUGAAACCGUUGCCUAAGAAACAGCCAGUAGAGGAAAGCAACCGGAAGGUCGUUAAGAGUGCAGGAGCUGUGAAGGCAGCGAAGACGGUUGUGAAACCUAAACAGAAUCAAGCUGGAUCGAAACCUGGCAGUGCGCGCAAAAAGGACGACGACACAGACACCAGUCCUUUGUUGGUUACGAAUAACCUCAAACAUCAACGAGUGAUCGACGAACAGAAGUUGAAAGUUUUGAAAUGGAACUUCACGACACCGCGGGAAGAGUUUGUUGAACUUUUGAAAGAACUCAUGACUACAGCGAGUGUAAACAAAACUUUAUUGGAAAACAUGUUUCACGCAGAUUUUCGGUACCAUCUCAAAGCUAUUGAAGCGUUAACCGAGGAUUUACCUAACAACAGCAAAGCAUUGGUGUCAAAUUUAGAUCUUAUUCUCAAGUGGUUAACGCUAAGGUUCUUUGACACAAAUCCUUCAGUAUUAUUGAAAGGUCUAGAAUAUUUGCGAAUGGUGUUUAAUCUAUUAAUAGAGGAUCAGUAUCAUAUGUUGGAAAACGAAGCGGCAUCGUUUAUUCCAUAUCUCAUUAUUAAAAUUGGAGAUCCAAAAGAUGCGGUACGUAAUGGAGUUCGUGCAUUAUUUAAACAAAUCGCGUUGGUGUAUCCAGUAAGCAAACUAUUUUCAUAUAUAAUGGAAGGUUUAAAAUCUAAAAAUGCUCGUCAAAGAACAGAAUGCUUGGAUCAAUUAAGUUCCCUUAUAGAAAAUUAUGGUUUAUCCGUUUGUCAACCAUCUCCAAAUGUGGCGUUGAAAGAAAUAGCGAAACAGAUAGCAGAUCGUGAUAAUUCUGUUCGGAAUGCUGCUUUGAAUUGUAUCGUUCAGGCAUAUUUCCUUCAAGGAGAACGAGUAUAUAAACUUAUUGGCCAGAUAUCCGAGAAAGAUCAGUCAUUACUAGACGAACGUAUCAAAAGGGCUGCUAAAAAUCGUCCAACGAAAUCAGCUUCAGCAAACAAACUUGCACCCCCCACAACCACAACUCCUAUUGCUUCCAAUGAAGACGUUAAAACCGAAUACGAAGAAGAAAAUGAAGAAGUGGAAUCUGAAACAGAACCUGUUUCACCACCACCACCACCUCUACCACUACAAACUGAAUUGGAACAUGUAACAGAGACAGAAGCAGUAACGCCAGACAGCACAUCCGACGAAAUACAGACGUGUCCUAUGAUUAAUGAACAAUCUUCGAAAACAUCGCCAGUAAAAGUUAUCAUCACCUCGCCUCGAAGUAAUCGAGAAGAUAACAUUAAAAUGAACAAUUCAGCAUCGUCGCAGAAAAAAAUAACGGGUCCAUUUGGACUUGAUAUGGACUAUCUGCAAAAGAUUGAAUCCGAGGCACCUGUGAAAUUCAGCAAUCCGGUUCUUGUAGAGGUGAAUUUAAAUGAGCUUGAAGCUUUACUCGAAUCUCCAAAUACUAUGAAUCUACCAAAAGUACCGAUGAUACCAAUUUCUCCACCGAAAUUGUUGGUAUCUAAAUCGUCGAUGGCAACACAGCAAUUGAAUACAGCUAACGCAAGUAAAGAAGAUAGCCUUGAACGCAAAAUUCUUGCAAUGGCUAGCUUAGACUUAGCUGUUGCGAUACAGUCAAUGAACAGUAUUGAUAAUCUGAUAAAAUCUCAUCAAGUUCUGAACUUACAAUCUAAAGAGGAUAAAUUUAUUGGUUCGAUAAACAUGCAAUUGAAGCUUUUGCAAACGUAUCCUUUGCAACAAGGAGGGACUGAUAUAUCCAAAGGCUUUAGAAGCACAUUUAUGGUUAUAUUAGCGUUUUAUGAUAGCGGGGUUCUUGGAAAAAAUGUUCCAUUGAUCCACUUAAAGGAACUUGUGGAUCAAAUGAUCAGUUUGUUAGCUGAACAUAAAUUACAUCACUUACACCAAGCUGAUGCAUAUUAUCGUGUGAUUAACAAUAUUGUUUGCAAAAUAAUCGACAAUUCUAAUCAUACCACAAUUAUAUGUGCUUUGAUAAAGUUACUCCAUGGAUGUGCUGAAUCCAAUGAACCUUCCAAAUACGAGGAAUUGGUUAUGAAGUGUUUAUGGAAGAUAGUGAAAACCAUUCCUAACUGGGCUGGAGAUUUAAAUUAUGAUACCAUUCUCUUGGAAGUUCACCGGUUUUUGAAAGAUUAUCCAACUUUAUGGUGGAAAAAACGAAAAUCUGACACCCCAUUACGGACAAUUAAGACAAUUCUUCACAGUAUGACACGCAUGAAGGGCAGUACAAUUCUGAGUCACCUGACUCGAAUAAAUAACACUAAUGAAUCGGAAUUGCAUACUUACCUUAUAAGACUUAUAGCUACUUUUAAGCCUGAUGAAGUUAAUAACCCAAGAACUAUGAUGAAAUCAAGUAAUAGCGGUAAGACCCAAGAACAUUUAUCAAAGCUCACUCAUCAGCAAUUAUCUGAAAUAUUUAAAAAGAUUGGAUCUAAAGAGCACACGCAAGAAGGUUUAAUGCAGUUGUAUGAUUUUAAACUUCAAUAUCCUGAAGCCGAUGUACAACCUUUCUUAUUAAGGUCUCAUCAAUUCUUCCAAGACUUCAUAGAACAAGGAUUAAGAGAUAUAGAUCAAGCACGAAAAAAUCAAAAUCUUAUAUCACAGACUAAUAACCAAUACUCAACCGACACAGCUGAUUCUGCUGGACACGACGAAAAGAGCCUAAUGGAUCCCUUGCACAGGCUUGAAAAGCUUCGAGCAAGUGAAGCACAAUGUAAAACUACCACUCAGCCAAGUACAACAUAAAGUAAUCCUCUUCGAUAUUAAUUAGGAUUGCAGUGCUUAAGUAAACGGAUGAAGAACCAAUAAUACAUGUAACACAAUAUUAAGUGAAUAGUACAUAGAUAACGAAUGUUAACAAAAAAUACCCAAUGUAAUGUUAUGCUGUUCAGUGCAACAUUAACUGUAGCAUUUACGUUCGAUUUUUUCACUAGUUACAUAUAGAUCGUGCUGCUGCUAAUUGCAUCAAGUUUAUGUGUUAAAAAGUAUUCGGCGGAUCUACGAACAUGUUAUAUUAUACGUAUUUAUCGGUAUUUGACGAUAAUUAAGCUAUAAGAAGCAAGUAUUAUGCUCUCUUUAGACUGAUUUUUACAGUCCAUUUACAUUUCGUUAUUUCUCUUAAAUAAACCAUCUUAAUGUAUAUUAUAGACUAAUUUUUUUGUUAAUUCUGUAUUUAUGAAGAUAAGACUAACAACUACAAUCUGUUAUUUAAUUAAUUGAAAUUGUAUCGUACUAUGAAAAAUACUCUUUUUCCGUAUUUAUAUCCAGGUAUACGAAUAAUAGAUUUAAUACGUUAACUUUUUGUGGUAAAGUAGUAUAAUAUAAAAAAAUAUAUAAUAAUAAUUUAAUAUGAAUGUCUUCAGGAAAUUCUAGAACACCUUACGUAGUGUAAAUAGAUUGUGUAUAUAUUCUAAUACUCAAAUAUUCAAUAAAAUAUGUCUUAUAGUAUCAUUAUU